AUGGAGGCAAUACCGACAUUUCGUUUAAAUGAUCAUGAUUCAUAUUUUAAAAUAUCGCCGAAUCUUUUCACUCCUGAAAGAUUAAAUUCAUUCAACUCAAUCGAUUUAUAUACUACAUUGAUUAAUGUUAGUGAUCGUUUAGAAAAUGGUAUACGAUUAAAUAAUAUUAGUUGGAGAAUUGUUAAUAAAGCUUUACUUAGAGAUCAUUCAAUUAAUAAAUCAAAAAAACGUGAUGGCGUGAAAAAUAUUUAUUAUAUUUUAAAUCCAAAUUCAAAUAAUAUAACUAAAAAGGAUUCAAAUUCAAAUUCAAAUUCAAAUAGUAUAUCACAACAGCAUAAGUCAAUAAGCAAUAUUAAUAAUGAAUCUCAAAUAAAAUCGCGGCAAGAAUCUACACAAAAAUCAUUAUCAUCAUCAACUUAUGUUAAACCAAUGACUACAACUGCAGAAUUGUUUCAAAAAUAUAAACCACAACCGCAACAAGGAAAUAAAAAAGAAGAUCCACAAAAUAUUAUUGAAGGGUUUGAUACAACAGAAUCAACAACAAAACAAAAAUAUGAAAGCAAUAAUAUCAUAAGACGGGAUGAAUCUUUAUUCCAAAUGAAUAAUACGAGUAAUAACAAUGAUGAUGAUGAUGAUGAUAAUAAUGAUAAUAAUGAUUCCCAAACUAAUAAUACUAGCAAUAUUAAAGAAUCUAAUAGUUUUUUCAAUAAUAGGAAUGAAAAUAAAAUAUUUUUUAGUAGUGAAGAUGAAUACUCUGAUUGGAAUAGUAUUUCAGAUGAAGAAGCAGAUUCUGAUGAUGAUGAUUUUUAUAAUGAAAAUGAUAAUAAAAUCACUCUUACAAAUAAAUCAAAAUAUAAUCUAGAUGGGGAAAAUAAUGAUAAACAACGUAAAAGUCGUAAUAAAUAUAGACAGAAUGAUGGUUAUAAUGAUGAUGAUAAUGAUGAUGACGAUGAAGAUGAUGACGAUUACGAUGACGAUGAAGAUGAUCAAUAUUAUAGAAAGCAAUGGGAUAAAUUAAUGUUUACAAAGAACGAUAAUGCAAAUAAUUCAAGACCUACAAGUAUAGCCAGUACCACAAGUAGCAACAAUCAUACUCAUACCCAGAGCAAUAUAGAAAAUACCAAGAGAAGUCUUUUAACAGGGUUAUUCUCUAAUGAAAAUAAUAAGACACAUAAUAGUAAUAAUAAUAAUAACAACAAUCAGGAUCGGAUGGUAACAUCUCGUUCAAGCAAUUAUUUUCAUGACGACCAUUCAACAAAUCCCCGCAAUAAUGAUAGAUCUACGCAACAACACUCUUCUCGUUCCACUAAUAACAACAAUAAUGUGGGCCCUGUAACAUCACCUAAUACCUCAACAAGUAAUACAUCCAUGCAUACGGCCCCAUUAGAAGUAGUUCUGAAGAAAUCUCAACCUUCCAAUUCAACGACAACCACCCAGGUUCAUAGUAGAACAAGUAGCUUCAGUAAUAGUAUAUCUGCACCAAGAAGAGAUCGUUACUUGCAUGAGUCAAAUGCUCCAUUAACAGCUCAAACUAUUUUACCAACAGCAUUGUCAACACAUAUGUUUUUACCAAAUAAUAUACAUCAACAACGGUUAGCUGCUAAGAAAGCAGCAGCCAGUGGACAUACCACUACACAUCGUCCAGAAAGAACUCCUCCCGAAGAAUUGACUACUACUACAUCUAAUUCGGAACCAUCUGAUGUUAAUAAUUCAAUACCCAAGAUAGGUAGAAGAAGACAAUCAAUGGAUAUCCCAUCAAAGAAUCGAAAUAGUGGGUUUCUCAAGACUAGAAUGGAAAUUUCUGAGGAAGAAAAGAGCAUACGAACUCACGCAAGACGUGCACAAAAAUAA